AUGGAAGGAGAGAAUAAUUUCGAAUUAGAAGCAGAUGAGCCUCUGGAUGGGUCUUUGCUUGAUAUCUCAAUAGAGGAAGAAGUUGAUAAUGAAGUAUUUGAUUGUGGGAUAUGCAGUAAAUCUUACAAGACAAAAGAUAAUCUGAAGCGGCACUUAAAAGUACACGACGAUAAGUAUAAGUUUUCAUGUACUUGUUGUACACUGUUCUUUACAACAGAACAUGAAUACAACGUCCAUAAACAAUUAAAGCAUUCAACAAGUUUCUUGUGUAUCACAUGUGGAAAGACUUUCAGCAGGAAGGCUCAUUUGACAGACCAUGCAGCUUUGCAUGAACCGGCGGCAAAUCCAGACAAGGUUCAAGUUUGUCCUUUCGAUGCCUGUAGAAAAAAAUUUACCAAGAAGACACGAUACCAGGACCACAUGAACAUACAUACAGGGGUAAAACCGUACGAAUGCUCGUGUUGUCAGAGAAAGUUUCACGGAAGAUACGCCAAGAACCAACAUGAACGUGUGUGUGCUGGUGUAGUAGAAAAUAGAUGCGAAGUGUGUAGCUCAGUAUUUACUGAUAAGUCCACUGGACACGGAUGCUCACACAUACUACACCAUCCUCUAAAUAGCGAAGUUUUUACAUACAACCUUGAAUCCAUUCCUUUAAAAAGUGUAUAA